AUGGGUCGCACUUACAAGAGCCGCAAUCGGCGGGCUCUCCAGUUCCAGACCCGGAACCGCAAUCGGCGGGCUUCCUUGACCCAGAGCCGCAAUCGGCGGGCUCUCCAGUUCCAGACCCGGAACCGCAAUCGGCGGGCUUCCUUGACCCAGAGCCGCAAUCGGCGGGCUCUCCUGUUCCAGACCCUGUUUCAGAGCUGCAUCCGUGAGCUGCUGUCGACGGUCACCUCAGAGUCUGUUCCUGAACCGCCGAAGAGGGGACGGGGUACCCCGUGGGGGUACCUACUGAAGGUUUGGCGUCAUCCUCCUGAGAAGCUGCUUCGCCUUCGGCCCCGCGGCAGACCCCCGGAGCGUCAUCUUCACCGCCGACCCCGUGGCAGACCCCCUGAGUGUCAGCUUCGCCUCCGACACCGCAGCCGGCCACCUAAGACUCUGCUCCGUUACCGGAUCCUCGGCCGGCCUCCAGGACCUCUGCCUUGCCUCCGGCCCGACGGUGGUUCCCCUAAGACGCUGCUUCGUCCCCAGCCCCGUGGUCGGCCUCCUGAGCAUCUGUCUCGCCUCCGGCCCAGCGAGCUGGAAGCUCAGCCUGAGAAAUCCUUCGUGUUUUCCCCUGAUGUUCUCUGCUGUGAGCUGGAAGCUCAAACCCAGGACUGCAAGGCUAAGCCUGAAGCUAAAUGCUUAGCUUCACAUGAACUCAGCUACCAGCCAUCUCCCGUUCCCCCCCCCCGGCACCAAGCCACGGCAACCGGCAGCAACACCCACCGCGACCGCACCACCCAGGAAAAACACACAGGCGGCCCCGCCUGCAGCCAGGGCCCAUACGCAUCCGCCGCGAACCGGAGGCGAGCGCCACGGGACCCCCCCAAAAUGCCCCCCAGGCCAAAAGCGCGGCCCCACCCCACCAAGACCAAUGCCAACAGCGCGCAAUGCAACGCACUGCGCACAGAAUCAACCCAAGACCAGAAAAGCCGCCCGGUGCCCGACCGAAAGAAGAGCAGACCGCAGCCGCCCAACAGGCCCCAAGGCACCCCGGCACACCAGAGGCUGUGGCAGCAGGGGCAGACAGCCGGGCGUACACCGGCCCAGACCCCAAGCAGUACUCCCCACAGAACCCGAACCCCCGAAACCCCACCAGGGCCCCUGCCCAAGGGCAAUGCGCCCCAGGGAUCCCAGACCCCAGGACCCACCCCAGACCCACCCAGCAGUAGGGCCAGGCAAUGCCCAAAAACCCCCGGCGCCGGCACCAGCACCCCCACCCCGACACCGGCCCCCGAACGACUCCCCCACGACACCUGUCCCACAACACCAAUCCGAACAAGAAGAAAGCCACACAACACAGCAAAGCACAUAUCCCGAGCCCCACUCCAAGCUCCGAUUGCCCCGCUCACACCCCCCCUCCCACACACACAAAAAAAAUUAAAUAAAUUAAAAAUUUCCCCCUCACUGAAGAAGAAUGGCCGCAAACAAGCCAGUGUCCAACACCAACCGCCACACCGCGAGGACCCUUCCUACCAGACGCUCCUCCCCAGAAAAAUAAACAUGCCUGCCCUCCCAGGAGACAAACAAGCCGCCGAACAGGAACCCCUCCGACAGCGCACCGCCGGCACGCGGGGGCCCGAGCGGCCCCAACAGAAACAACACCGGAAGGCUGAUAUAGACGAACCGACGGCACCAACCAAGCCCCCAGGCGGAUUCCCCUACCCAAAAACACAACGAAACCACUCCGCUCCCACUGACCACAGCAAACACAGCCGCAAGGCUCCCGCCGCGCCUGUCACGAAAGCAGCACUACCCACCCCGCUCCGGCCCACGGGCCGCCGAGAGGAGGACAGCUGCGCCGGCCGCGGCCCGCCCCCCCCCUGUAGCCAAACACCAAGCAACCCUCCACUCCCAAACCGUGCACGAUGCACCGCACCGCGCGCCACCGGCACCCGCCCCAACAGAGCGAAGCCACACCCCAGACCCGGAGCAUUCCAAAGGGACCCCCCGACGCGCACAACCAGCCCACAACAGACACACACGAACCCCGGCCACAGGCGCGACCACCCAUAUACCCCCCCCCGGACGACGCAACCACGGCAAGCGCCACGGCCAACCACCAAAACCCGGCACCGAAAGACGAGGCACGUCCCGAGGCCCUGCAGAGCAGAAGCUCCCCGGCCAGCACCACAAAAGAACCGAUGCCCGGCGCCCAGCCCCGUCCAGCAGCAGCACAGCUACCAGGCCAGUAGCCCACGUCCGCCACCACGGGACCCCCCAAAAGCACUGCACGCGGCCGCCGCAGGACCCCCCCGAGGCGCUCCAGACUCCGCCCCGAUGGGGGCAACAGUCCCCGGAGCCAGACCCGCCAGGCACCCCACCAUGAGCACCCCCCCGAGCCCCCAGGACCCAAGGACCCCCGAACUAGCCUCCGCGCCCCAUAAGACGCACCCCACAGCCCCCCACUACACUAAGUGA